ACCCGUUCUGUCUCCAUCACCACACUUUCCCCUCGGUUUCUUUCCUUUGGCCUGUGACGAAAAGUAAUGUUCACAAUCUCUCGUCUGGCUACGGCCUGCACGAUCGCUGCGUCCUUGCUCUCCGGGGUUCAUGCUAUCGGAAAAAUCACCCGGUCUGGCAGGUACCUCUACAACGAGGAUGGGAGCCGUUUCUACAUCAAGGGUGUUGCGUACCAGGAGCAAGGUACUGUGUCGUCCGAUCCGAACAAUCCUUUCCUGGAACCCUCCAACUUCUUUGACCCGUUGGCAAAUGCGACAGCAUGUUCUCGUGACCUGCCCUUCCUGCAGCAGCUGGGUGUCAACACCAUCCGUGUAUACAGCGUAAAUUCCUCUCUGAACCACGACUCAUGCAUGCAAGCGCUUAGCAACGCUGGGAUCUACACUAUUAUCGAUUUGUCUCUCCCUGUCAACGGAUCUAUCGACCGUAAUUCACCUUCAUGGACCACGAACUUGCUCAACCUAUAUAUCGGGACCAUCGAUGCUUUCGCGAAGUACGACAACGUGUUGGCUUACAACGUCGGAAAUGAGGUCGUCAUCAAUCCGAAUGGGACUGCCGCUCUCACGUUCGUGAAGGCAGCCGCCCGGGAUACCAAAGCCUACUUAAAUUCGAAGUCAUUGAGUCCGCUCGUCGGAUACGCUGCCAUUGACGGUGACUCGACUUGGGUUGAUCCGCUCGCAAAUUACCUGUCCUGUGACCCGUCUGGCAGCAAUUCGGCUGGUUCAUCCAUCGAUCUCUUCGGUCUUAACAAUUACGAGUGGUGCGGCAAUUCCACCUUCCAGCGCUCGUAUGCUGGGAAGACGGGUGAUUUUGCCGGUUACAACGUCGUCGCCUACUUCAGCGAGUUUGGAUGUAACGAUCCCAGUCCCCGCAUUUGGACGGAGGUUAGUGCACUUUUCAGCAGCCAAAUGUCCGAUGUCUGGUCAGGCGGUCUUGCCUUCUCCUACUUCCCAGCGGAAAGUAGUCAAGGGGAGUUUGGGAUGGUGACAAUCAGCGCGGAUGGAAGCACCGUGCAAACCAGUACAGACUUCAACAAUCUCAAGACUCAGUAUGGCCAAGUCUCCCCUCCCAACACUCCCUCGAAGAGCAAUGCCGGUUCUGGUACCUACCCGAACUGCUUCUCGCAAAAUUCCACGUUCCUUGCCUCGAACACUCUUCCUCCGACCCCGAGCAAUUCGGCUUGCCAGUGCUUGGAGAAUAACCUUAGUUGUCAAUUCAACCCCCAGACGACCAACACUAGUGCCAUCAUCGGUACCCUUCUUGACACUGCCUGCUCUCUUAUUGGUACUAAAGGUGGAAAUUGCGAUGCAAUCGCCAGCAACGGUCAGACCGGGCAGUACGGAGUAGUAUCAGAAUGUGAUCCCUCUGUCAAACUGUCUUUCGCUAUGAGCCAGUACUACGAGGCCAAUAAUCGUGACCCCCAGGCUUGCAGCUUCUCUGGCAAUGGCACCGUGAACAGUAAUUCGCCGUCUGUCUCUGCGGCGAACGCAGCCGCCAGCUCUUGCCUGGCUAGCGCUACUGGAACAUCGGUUCCAUCCGCACCAGCCUCCACUGGCAGUUCAUCUUCGGGCAGCAGUGGCAGCAGUGGCAGCAGUGGCAGCAGCGGGAGUUCAGGUUCUUCAGGGGCGGCUGUUGCUCUCUUCUCAGCUGAUUCCCGUGGCCUGUUAAGCGUUGCUGUCGUGUUCGCAGUCACUGUAGCAAGCGGAAUGUGGACCCUUGCCUAGGUUUCAGGAUCUCUUUUCUUUUUCUCUUGAUGACUUUGGUGAUAUUCAUUGGACUGUGAGCGCUGAUUUUCCAUGGACAUUUAUACCGUACUAUCACUACUCAAUACCUCGUAGCCACGAACAGCUUAUUCGCUCCGUUGAUACCUACUUCCUGUCGGCAGUGGACAGUAGUAGUAAAUUUGUUUCCCAAGAGUUGCGCCUGCGUUCGAGAUCUUAGAUGUGGCGCACUGACCAUCGGAGUCUGAAAUGGAGUUCAGAGUUUUUUG